CUCCCUCUCCUGCCCAGGCUCCUGCACAUGGUGUAAGUAGUGAGCGCUCAGCAGUAGCAGCAGCCUGUCUUCUCCUCUCCUCUGCUGCUCCCUCGCACCUCGUUCCUGCUGAUCCUGCGGCCUCCUCCACCCCUCCCUUCCCUGUACCUGGGCACCAUGCCCCGCUCUCAGCGGCAGCCCAGGAUGUUCAGGGUCCCCGGAAUGCCCCCUCUCUGCAGCCUGCUGGCACUGCUGCUCCUCACACAACUGGUGAAGACUCAGGUAGCAGCUGAUCCCAUAGAUGUACUGAAAGGACUACAGCUCCACCUGCACCCUGAAGGUGUGAAGAAGACCACUGGCCUGUGCACGGCCCGUCGGUCAGGUACUGGUGCAGAUGUGGCCUUCAGGAUAUCCAAACAGGCUCAGAUCAGUGCUCCCACAAGGCAGCUCUUCCCAGGUAAAUUCCCUGAGGACUUUUCAAUCAUGGCGCUGGUUCGGGCUAAGAAUGGAUUGCAAUCAUUCCUCCUUUCCAUAUACAAUGAACAAGGAGUCCAGCAACUAGGGAUAGAACUGGGGAGCUCCCCAGUAUUCCUCUACGAGGACCAAAGUGGAAAGCCAGCGCCUGAGGAUUACCCCAUAUUCAGGGGCAUCAAUUUGGCGGAUGGAAAGUGGCAUCGCAUUGCUCUAAGUGUACAAAAGAAAUCGGUGACCUUAAUAUUGGACUGCAAAAAGAAAAUUACCCAGAAGCUUCCACGUGGAAACAAGCCCAUUGUUGACACUAAAGGGAUCACGGUAUUUGGAACACGCAUCCUUGAUGAGGAAUCAUUUGAGGGUGACAUUCAACAACUUCUUAUAGCAUCAAAUGCCCAGGCCGCCUAUGAUUACUGUGAACAUUACAGCCCAGACUGUGAUUCCCUCCCAAAUGCACCACAAGCUCAAGAUCCUAAUGCAAAAGUGGAUUAUGCAGAGGAAGAGGUGGAGUAUUACGAGUAUCCAUACUAUUAUGACAAUAAAGAGGAAGGGACGCCUGCCCCACCCACUGUGAGAGCCCUUGAAGAGGGUGUAGAGGAGCAGAAAAACAAAGCUAAAAACCACAAGCAGCCAACCAAGCCGAAGCCAAAGGUGCCUCCUCCUGCCAAGAGUGUCAGCAAGGUGAAAAACGGAGCAGCGGGCAAGGCCCCUGCCAAACGCAACACCCCAGUGAAAAAUAAUGUGGGCAAGGCCCAACCCAAGAAAAACUUCGCUGGCGCCAAGAGGAGGAACUUGGGGAAUGGUUACCAGCAGGACCCGUCUCUUACCCCUGAUUUCACUGAGACCCCUGAGCCCACCAUGUCAGAAAAGGAACUUGAUUACACUGCCCCUCCUUUGGAAGAGGAGGAAAUGUAUGGGGGCUUGGAGGAAAAGGCCACACAGGAUGUCUCACCCACCCCCCAGACAAAAGAACAGGAACCUUCAGUGGUUGCCAAGGGCAGUGAUUCCUUCACAGAGGAGUAUAUGACUGGGGAGGAGGACAAUCCGCCAGGAGGACUGGACUAUGAAUAUGUAUACAAGGAUUACACAGAGGGCUCGGAGACCACACACCUGGGUCCUGUUCUCUCAGCAGAGACCCCUGAAAGUGGAGGUGCUUUCAGUGGACCCCGUGGGAUCAAAGGAGAUAAAGGAGAGUCAGCUCUCUUGGAGUCAGGCAUGUUGGUUGAAGGACCCCCUGGAUCAGAAGGCCCUGCGGGUCUGCCUGGACCUCCUGGGAGACAAGGACAUCCUGGACCAGUUGGAGAUCCUGGAGAGAGAGGUCCCCCGGGAAGAGCAGGUCUUUCUGGAGCCAAUGGAUUGCCAGGACAACCCGGCAGCUCUGUCAUGCUUCCUUUUCGCUUUGGGAAUAGUGCAGGUGCUAAGGGUCCUAUAGUGGCAGCACAAGAGGCACAGGCUCAAGCCAUUCUGCAACAGGCCAGGCUGGCUCUGCGUGGACCUUCUGGACCCAUGGGAUAUACUGGCCGAUCUGGACCAUUGGGACCUCCUGGAAAUCCAGGAUCAAAGGGGGAAUCUGGAGAUCUUGGUCCUCAGGGACAAAGAGGACCUCAGGGAUUGACAGGCCCCUCAGGGAAACCAGGGAGAAGAGGUCGUUCUGGUGCUGAUGGUGCACGUGGUCUUCCUGGUGAAUUUGGAAUGAAGGGAGAUCGUGGCUUUGAUGGACUUCCUGGACUGCCCGGAGAGAAGGGCAACAGGGGUGACGGUGGUGUUCAAGGCCCUCUGGGAGGACCAGGAGAAGAUGGAGAGAGGGGAGCAGAUGGAGAUGUUGGAGCUCGCGGUCUACCUGGAGAACCAGGAGUCAGAGGAUUACUUGGACCUAAAGGACCCCCUGGCAUUCCUGGGCCCCCAGGAGUGAGAGGUAUGGACGGACCUGUCGGACAAAAGGGAAACCUGGGUCCACAAGGUGAGCCUGGUCCCCCUGGGCAGCAAGGAACUCCUGGAACUCUGGGGCUUUCAGGGCCACAGGGAGCUAUGGGACCACCAGGAGAUAAGGGGACACAGGGCAAACCUGGCCUGCCUGGUAUUCCUGGGUCUGAUGGACCUCCUGGACAUCCAGGAAAAGAAGGUCCAGCAGGGGCUAGAGGCAACCUUGGUCCUACUGGUCCACAGGGGACUCUUGGUUAUCCUGGGCCACGUGGUGGAAAGGGAAUCGAUGGCAUCCGGGGCUUGAAAGGACAUAAAGGUGAAAAGGGUGAGGAUGGAUUCCCAGGAUUCAAGGGAGACAUUGGCAUUAAGGGUGAUAAGGGUGAAGGUGGGGUGCCUGGCUCCCGUGGAGAAGAUGGACCUGAGGGUCCAAAAGGAAGAUCUGGCCCAUCUGGUGAUCCUGGGCCCAUUGGAACGUUGGGUGAGAAGGGCAAACUAGGUGUACCAGGACUGCCCGGGUAUCCUGGACGCCAGGGUACAAAGGGAUCACUUGGCUUCCCUGGAUUCGCUGGGGCUAACGGAGAGAAGGGAGCACGGGGUCUCUCAGGAAAAUCUGGCCCUCGAGGAGAGAGGGGACCAUCGGGACCGAGAGGUCAGAGAGGACCCCGGGGUGCAACAGGAAAAUCAGGACCAAAGGGCACUUCUGGUGGUGAUGGUCCAUCAGGGCCACUGGGAGAGAGGGGUCUUCCUGGACCACAAGGCUCUAAUGGCUUCCCAGGUCCCAAGGGACCACCAGGACCACCAGGAAAGGAUGGAAUCCCAGGACAUCCCGGGCAGAGAGGCGAAGUGGGUUUCCAAGGAAAGGUGGGAACUACUGGGCCCCCAGGUGUUGUUGGAUCUCAGGGAACACAAGGUGAAUCAGGGCCUAUGGGAGACAGAGGACAUCCUGGCCCACCAGGACCCCCAGGAGAGCAAGGGUUGUCAGGUCCAUCAGGAAAGGAAGGUACUAAGGGUGAUCCAGGUCCAACAGGAGUUGGUGGAAAGGAUGGACCUGCUGGAUUGAGAGGAUUUCCUGGUGAGAGAGGCCUGCCUGGUACUCCGGGCGGAUCUGGUCUUAAAGGUAAUGAAGGCCCUGCAGGCCCCCCAGGACCCGCAGGAUCUCCAGGAGAGAGAGGUGGACCUGGGCAAGGAGGACCUAUUGGGCCCCCAGGAAGACCUGGUCCCCAGGGGCCAUCUGGAGCUUCAGGCGAGAAAGGCGUACCAGGGGAAAAAGGACCAAUUGGCCCUGGGGGUAGAGAUGGUGUUCAAGGACCUGUGGGGCUGCCUGGUCCUGCAGGACCUCCAGGAAUUUCCGGAGAGGAUGGGGACAAGGGUGAAGUUGGAGAACAUGGACAGAAAGGAGGAAAAGGGAACAAAGGAGAACAUGGACCCCCUGGCCCAUCUGGUCCUACUGGUCCUGUUGGACAACCAGGAACUGCGGGCGCUGAUGGAGAGCCAGGACCCCGUGGACAGCAAGGAGUGUUUGGGGCAAAAGGAGAUGAAGGAACACGAGGAUUCCCAGGAGCUCCAGGACCCAUUGGGCUUCAGGGAAUGCCAGGACCAUAUGGUGAGAAGGGAGAGACUGGAGAUGUAGGCCCCCUGGGACCUCCUGGUCCACCUGGACCACGUGGACCAGCAGGACCUUCUGGUGCUGAUGGCCCGCAAGGUCCUCCUGGUGGAAUAGGAAACUUGGGACCUCUAGGAGAGAAGGGUGAACCAGGUGAGUCAGGAGUUCCAGGUAUUAAAGGAGAAGUUGGGCCCAAGGGGCCACGUGGGGACCGAGGUGAAAAGGGAGAGUCUGGUCAGUCAGGAGAUCCAGGACCUCAAGGAGUUAAAGGACCUCCUGGAGAUGAUGGGCCUAAGGGAAACCCCGGUCCUGUUGGAUUCCCUGGAGACCCCGGACCCCCAGGAGAGAUGGGACCCAGAGGACAAGAUGGAGCAAAGGGAGAUAGAGGAGAGGAUGGAGAGCAAGGAGAAGCGGGUUCUCCUGGUCCUACUGGUGAGAAUGGUCCUACUGGUCCACUAGGAAAAAGGGGUCCUGCUGGUCCAUCUGGACCCGAAGGGCGCCAAGGAGAGAAAGGGUCAAAAGGCGAGCCUGGUGCUUUGGGUCCUCAAGGAAAGACAGGUGCUGUGGGACCACAAGGGACUGCAGGGAAACAAGGACCUGAAGGUCUCAGGGGACUUCCUGGAGCAGUGGGUGAACAAGGUCGUCCUGGAGCAACAGGACAAGCAGGACCACCUGGACCUGUGGGACCCACUGGACUGCCAGGUUUAAAGGGCGACAAUGGAGCAAAGGGAGAGAAGGGCCAUCCUGGACUUAUUGGACUCAUUGGACCAACAGGAGAACAAGGAGAAAAGGGAGAUAGGGGUUUGCCAGGACCUCACGGAUCAGGGGGGCAGAAAGGAGAGACGGGCAUUGCAGGUGUCACAGGUCCCAUUGGCCCAGGUGGUCCAGCUGGCUCCCCAGGUCCACAAGGUCCUAAAGGUGCUAAAGGAGCCUCAGGACAAGCUGGACCCAAGGGACAGAAAGGAGUACAAGGACCUGCUGGACCCCCAGGUCCCCCUGGUGAAGUGAUCCAGCCUCUACCCUUCCAAAUGCCCAAAAAGAGUAAACGUUCAAUAGAUGCCAGUCAAUUCAUGGCAGAUGAGCCUGCUGCUGAACACACUGAGGGCAUGGAGGAAAUCUAUGGCUCACUUGAUGCUAUCAAAAAAGAUAUUGAGCUGAUGAGGACACCAAUGGGCACAAAGGAGCACCCAGCCCGGACAUGCCAAGACUUGAAGCUCUGCCACCCAGAACUUGCUGAUGGUGAAUAUUGGAUUGAUCCCAACCAGGGUUGCACAAGGGACUCUUUCAAAGUCUUCUGUAAUUUUACAGCAGGAGGAGAGUCUUGUAUCUUCCCCAGCAAAGACACUGAGAAGGUAAAGAUGUCUUCAUGGAGCUCAGAGAAGAGAGAGACGUGGUACAGCCAGUUUAAGAGUGGUCGUAAGUUUUCUUACAUUGAUUCCGAAGGCAAUGAUAUUGGUGUAGUGCAGCUUACCUUCCUGCGCCUUCUAAGUACUUAUGUCCACCAGAACUUCACAUAUCAUUGCCAUCGUUCUGCUGCCUGGCACCUUACUUCUUCGGAUAGCUACCAAAAGGCUCUCCACUUCCGGGGCUCCAAUGAAGAGGACCUUUCCUUCCAUACCACACCUUAUAUCAAGGCCUUGAGAGAUGGCUGUGCGAUGAGGAAAGGGACAGAGAAGACUGUUCUAGAAAUCUACACCCCCCGUGUUGAGCAGCUUCCCUUGACAGAUGCCAUGUUCAUGGACUUUGGAGAGCCCAACCAGAAAUUUGGCUUUGAGGUGGGACCUGUAUGUUUUCUUGGCUGAGGCAAUCGACAAAUGAACUUCAACCAAUUCCAAAUCCCUUCUGCAAAUAAAAUGGAGAUCCAACCCUUCUCUCUAUUCCUGUACAAUCAUUUUCAAAGUCUCAGUUGGAAAGGAGCAAAACAAGAAUGCCUCCAGGUGACUUGUAACAAGAGACCUAAAAGCACCGGUCAGCAUAGCAGAAAGCUACAGACCAGGGGGACCCUCUGAUGACCAAAGAAAGAUUUCAUCAUAGACUCUUAGCUAGAAUAAUUUGAGGCCUUAUUAAAAAGAAAACCAAGAGUUAACAUAUAGGCGACAAUGACUUUUAAACAUUCACAUUCAGGACAUUUUGUGCCACUUUUUAAAAAUGGAGAUUCUCCUGUAGAAAUGUACCCCAAAUUUGCCUCUCACCUUUAUUUAAACAACAACAAAAAAAAAUCAAAUGCCUAAAACUGAACUUUAUUUUUUUUCUUCUGUGGAUAAAUGAAAGUUUUAAAUAUUAUUUAAAAAAUAAAGUUUGUAAUGAAUUCCCCUUCUGCCUUGCACACCCGCAAAACUGGCUAAAAAUGUUAUGAAAAUAUGUUGAGAAGCUGAUGGAAAAAAAAAAGUCUGUGAAAAAAUUUCAGAUUGGUGCUUAGAGAUAAAUCUUAUUAUUGGACCAGUGACAUGAUAAAAACCUCAAAUGUGCUCAAAGUAUUACUGUGUAAUGUUUGUAAGUAUUUUUUGUAUUGUAAUAUAUAAUCUAUAACUUUGCUGCUUUUUUAUUUUUACUCUUGUUUUCUGUUCUUAUUUUGGUGCAUGUUUAUGCCGUACUUCCUGUCUAGCCUGACGACUUCUUGUCCACCUCGACUCCUGUUUUCAGCUCAGGAUCUCUCCCCUCUGUUUCUUGACUUUGAGCUUGCUGCCUGUCUGUAAUUUUUCCUUUUUAUUUAAAUAAAUGAUGCACAACAGGUAAAACCCA